AUGAACAAAGUACAGCUGACUACAAAUGAAAUAGAAAGCAAAACAAUCUCAACCAUUAAAAGAAUGAAGGCAUUCUUAAAAGAGGAGGAAGAGAAGAAGGAAGAAGCAGAAAAAAACAACUCUAUAUAUGUUCCAGCUGAAGCACCAUUCUUCUUUGCUGUAAGAAUCAGAAGUUCAAACAAGGCAGCCCCAGAUGUCAUGUGUGCACUUGACACACUUAGAUUAAGAAACGUGAACACUGGCACAUUCGUGAUAAACAACAAGUCAUCAAAGUCUCUUCUCCAGAAGGUACGGGCUUAUGUUACAUACGGCACACUUUCACUUGAAACCAUAAGAAAGCUUAUUUACACCAGAGGAUUUGGAAGGUACAAUGGAAUGCCAGUAAACAUCACACCAAGACUUCUUGCAGAGCAGUUUGGAGGUGCUGUAGAGACUGUUGAAGACAUCGUAGAGGCCAUUUUCAUGGGAAAGAGAUCCGAUGCAUCAGCAAUUAACAAGUGGCUCAGACCAUUCAAGCUUAGCUGCCCAAGAAAGGGCUUCGGAGGAAGAAAGAUCAAGGGAUUCACAGAGGGAGGAGCAACAGGAGACCGUGGCCGGUACUUGGACGAGCUUAUUCAAAGGAUGAUAUAAUAAAUGAAUUUCCGG